AUGGCGAGCCCAACUGGACUUGAUAUCCUCCGCAAAAGGACAACUGUGGAUUGUGACACUAUGGAUGAGCAAAUUGCCAAAACCUUGGGGCCGUUCCAAGACUGCACAUCUAACCAAGCCAUUGCGUUUGGAGAGCUCUCCAAGCCUGAGCACGCGGACCUGAUCCGGUCCUCUGUUACAGAUGCCGAGGCCCUUUCUCCGCGUUUUCAAGGCGUCGAUACCGCUCAACUGGCUGUCGAGAUUGCGAUGGUCAAACUAGCAUUGAAAAUCGCCCCGCAUAUUCGAGGAUAUGUUCACAUUCAGACGAACCCUUAUGAGUCCUACUCAACCGAGAGGACCGUUGCGAACGCUUUCAGAGUCGUGGAGAUCUUCCGGCAUCUAAAUCCAGCGUUUGAUACCACUAGAAUCUGCAUCAAGAUACCGAGCACUUGGGAAGGCUUGAUGGCAUGCCGGACCCUUGAACUAGCAGGCGUCCGCACACUGGCCACAACCCUGUUCACCUUCGUCCAAGCCGUCCUCGCCGCUGAGGUGGGCUGUACCUACAUCGCUCCAUAUGUGAAUCAACUGAAGGUGCAUUUCGAGCCUGGAUUUGUAGACCCCGGGAAGCUGCUCCCUCUCUGUGUCUCGCUCCAGAAAUUCUAUGAAAGCAUAGGCGCCAAGACGCAGGUUCUCCCUGCGAGCUUGACCUCCACAGACGAGAUAUAUGCCCUCGCCGGUGUGCAUCAUAUCACUAUUUCGCCCGGUCUGCUGCAGCAGCUUUCACAGCCUGGAUUCACCUCGCAGACCAAGUCGUUGUUUGACGCCGAUUUCCCGAAACCAGAAGCUCAGACCUCGUAUGCGAACAGGGAGUCUGUUUACCGACUAGAAUUCAGUCGUGCAGAACGCGGAGCGAGCGAGGAAAAACUGACACAGGCCAUUAAUAUAUUCUGCGAGAUGCAAGACGACCUAAUUGCCCUGAUGGGCGGAAAGCGGCUUUAG